AUGUUUCUUCUUGUCUCUUCUCCUACAGAUGGCUAUCCAGAGUCCAGGAGGCUCCGAGAGUCUUUAGGUGGGGAUGACCAUUAUCCCAGGAUGACAUGGAGGCCCUGGAUGCCUGAUAUAAGGGAGAUUCCCGAGGAGGAUAGUGAUAUCCAAAAAAAGGAAAAGAAAGUUACGACUGAUGCAUACACCAUUGAGGACGGACCCCAAGAGGAGGGACCUAAUUAUGACUGGCCUAAUGGUGAAGGACCCAAGGAUGAUGGCCCUAAUGAUGACGGCCCCAAUUAUGACAGGCCAGAUAAAAGAUGGUUAUCCAGAGUCCAGGAGGCUCAGAGAGUCUUUAGGGAUGACCAUUAUCCCAGGAUGACAUGGAGGCCCUGGAUGCCUGAUAUAAGGGAGAUCCCCGAGGAGGAUAGUGAUAUCCCAAAAAAGAAAAAGAAAGUUACGACUGAUGCAUACCCCACUGAAGACGGACCCCAAGAGGAGGGACCUAAUUAUGACGGGCCUAAUGGUGAAGGACCCAAGGAUGAUGGCCCUAAUGAUGACGGCCCCAAUUAUGACAGGCCAGAUAAAAGAUGGCUAUCCAGGGUUCAUGUGGCUCAGCGGUUCGUCAGGACUGAUUCAUACCCCAUUGAGGACGGACCCCAUGAGGAGGGACCAAAUGAUGACGGCCCCAAUGAUGAAGGGCCAGAUAUAAGGGACGACCAUUAUCCCAGGAUGACAUGGAGGCCCCGGAUGCCUGACAUAAGGGAGGAGACAUCAGAAGAGCUUGAGGAUUAUAAAAAGAAGAAUAAAAGUCUUAGAAAGAGGGCAGUGUCAAUGUCCAUUUCAUUAUGCUGAGGACAACUCACCCUGAAUUGGGAAUGGUCAUCUGGACUCACCUCAGCAGAAAUUCGGAUAGCUCUAGAAAAAUCAAGAAAAAAAGUCAAGGGG